CUAAUACAGGCGUGUGCACGGAGACAAGUGUAAAUAAAGUUUAUUAUGUCACCAUCAUAACAACCUGCGCAAUAAACUUGCAACAAAAAUAAAGUUGGGAACUUUAUUCCUAAAAUGUCAGGACUCUCCUCAUCAUAACAUCCCUCAGGUACAAUUUAUGACAGGUGUGAUACUGAGAACCCCCACAAGAGGCAGCAACAGCAACCCUUGCAGCCGACCGUACCACAUGACGCCGUGGGGGCGGAGCCACAGAACUUCCUCGCUGAGUCGGAUUCCCUAAGAUACUUCUCCCAGGUGCUGACGUCAUAUCCGGAGUGGCCAUUUCUCUAGUUAGGAUAACGGUUCGUGCGGGUCCGUGCUCCCGGAGCUGGCCGUGACCCGCCACUGCCAUGUCAGACUUCGAUAGCAAUCCGUUUGCGGACCCGGACCUCAACAAUCCAUUUAAGGAUCCUUCAGUCACACAGGUGACCAGAAAUGUGCCCCCUGGGUUAGAGGAGUACAAUCCCUUCUCCGAUUCCAAAACACCACAACCAGCAAAAGUGAAAAUGCCGACCUCAGCUCCUAGCACCCAGCCGGCUAUAAUGAAGCCCACAGAGGAACCUCCUGCUUACUCACAGAUUGCAAAGGAACAUGCUAUAACCCAGGCUGAACUUCUGAAGCGCCAAGAAGAACUGGAAAGGAAAGCCGCAGAGUUAGACCGCAGGGAACGGGAGAUUCAGAGCCUGAACCAGCCAGGAGGAAGAAAGAACAAUUGGCCUCCCCUACCGUCAAAUUUUCCUGUUGGCCCCUGUUUUUACCAAGAUGUCUCAGUGGAUAUUCCUGUGGAAUUUCAGAAAACUGUAAAGAUUAUGUACUAUCUAUGGACGUUCCAUACAGUCACGCUGUUUGUAAAUAUCUUUGGUUGUCUGGCGUGGUUCUGCGUCGAUACAAGUCGAGGCGUUGACUUCGGAUUGGCCAUCCUGUGGUUCUUGCUUUUCACACCAUGCUCCUUUGUAUGCUGGUAUCGACCAUUGUAUGGAGCCUUCAGGAGUGACAGUUCCUUCAGGUUCUUUGUGUUCUUCUUCGUGUACAUCUGUCAGUUUGCAGUACACGUUCUGCAGGCUGCUGGCUUUAAAGGCUGGGGUAACUGCGGUUGGAUUUCUGCACUAACUGCGCUCAAUGAGAAUAUUCCUGUGGGGGUUAUGAUGAUCCUGAUAGCCGCCCUUUUCACAGCGUCUGCGGUAGUAUCACUAGCUAUGUUUAAAAAGGUGCAUGGACUGUACCGGACAACAGGUGCCAGCUUUGAGAAGGCCCAGCAAGAGUUUGCCACAGGCGUGAUGUCUAACAAAACCGUGCAGACUGCUGCAGCCAAUGCAGCCUCUACAGCUGCCACUAGCGCUGCCCAGAAUGCUUUCAAGGGUAACCAGAUGUAAAGGCUCCCACCCAAGGCAACCAUUACCACUGUCAUCUCUCUUCAGUUACGCUCUAUUCCUCCAGCCGUGUUUGCAACACCCACAAAAGACUUUAAAUUGCACUUGCCAUGUGUAUCUGUUACAUAGAGCUCAUUCUGUGCCAGGAAUAAAAAGGCUUUCCUGGCACAUCAUGGGUCUGUUGGUUGUGCAUGGUGAAAAUAAUGAUGCUGUUACAGGAUCUCUUGUCCCAUUAUCCCAGCCCUUUCUUUCCUUGAGCUGAGAAUGCUCGGCCCCAACUCCUGUCUAAAUACCCGGUGGGUAACUGUAGUGUGAGUUUGGCGUAACUAGAUCGCGGUCGUCGUGAGGUUCUGAAUGCAGAAAGUAUUUGCUAUCUCUUAAUGCUCAAAGUGCACAUUUUUAUGUAAUUUUAAGAUACACAUUUUUUUGUUGGUACUUAGUCUAUUUUAAUUAUAAAAAGCAUAAAUUUCAUGUCUGUAGAAAGUGUUCACUCGGUUAUUAGAGAAGCCAAUGACAACUCUCCAUACCUGCACAGAAUUAGUAGUCAGUGUCUGAUUUUAUGUGCAUUUUAAGGAUAAAGCACCAAUUGUAUUUUAGUCUGAUAUAGUCCAUAGAUGUGUGAUAAAUGGCCGUUGUAACCCUUUAUUCCUGGGGUUCUAUGUAAUCAGAGUACCUCCACAGGAUGGCGGUAUACUUUCGGAUUGUCUGUGCUUGAAGCAAGACUUAGUGGUUCCUGUAAGGUCCACUGUGGCUGAAGAAAGGGAAGUCGUAUCAGUGUUUGUGCUGGGUUUCUUCAUAGCCUUUGUGUUUUUGUGUGUUUGUGAUGUGUCUUUAAUCACUUCUGUUUUGCUGUUAUUUAAUGCAGUGCAUUGUUCUUUUGCUUGGAUUUUUUUUAAUGUAACUUCUAGAGGAAGUACUUUGAAGCAGUCUUUAACAGUAGCCAUGACUGUUUCUGAUUGUGUAGUUAAUGCAUUUACAGUCUGAACUACCCCUGAAAAUGUAAUGCUGGUAUCAAACUUUUUGUAUUCCAUCUGGCCAGCCUGUGCACACAGUUGGUUUUAACUAUUUUAUUUUCCGUUCAAUAAUAGACUAUUUUUAUUUUAUUUUUUUAAAUCUAAGGUUUUAUCCUGCUUUAAAGGUAUGUACUAAUGAAGGACUUUCCUGACAUAAUAAUGAGGACCAGAGGGGCCCAAGGAUCAUCUUGAAGGUGACCAUAAAUUGAGGCUGCCCCACACAGGCAGGUGGACAGUUUCACCACACAC